GGUCAAAUUCAUAACUUUGAUCCAAUUUUAUCAUAAAGCUUUGCCCUUUUCACUUCAUUUUGUCUUUAUUUUGUGAGUGAUAUGCGUGGGGAGGAUCAAGAACAGGAUCAUCAUCAUCAACAUCAAGGGGAGUGUUCACAAACAAUUGAGAAUAUGUUUCAAGAACAGCUUCUUCUUCACCAACAACUACAAAACAACAACACCGAUCAUAUUAUCUAUGGAGAUCAUCACCAUCAUGGAGCUGGAAGAGGGUUGAUUUUCCCGGCCGACGUCGUGUCGCCGGUUCUAAACUCGUGGCCUCCGCUCAACCCAUUUCUCAUUCCUCCUCCGCCUCCGCCACCGCCACCGACAUCGUUAUGUUCGUCGUCGUCGUAUGGUAAUCUUUUCAACCGGAGACCGGCUAAUUGUCUUCAAUUUGCUUAUGAUGGAACUUCCUCAGCGGACCACUUGGGUCGAAUCAUAUCAACCACGCUUGGACCAGUGGUUCAUCAUGGCUCAGCUGCUCCCUUUGGAUUACAAGCUGAGCUUGGCAAAAUGAGUGCUCAAGAAAUAAUGGAUGCCAAAGCUCUUGCAGCUUCUAAAAGCCAUAGUGAAGCGGAGAGAAGAAGAAGAGAAAGAAUCAAUAAUCAUCUUGCUAAGCUCCGGAGCUUACUUCCUAGUACCACUAAAACAGACAAAGCUUCACUACUAGCAGAAGUAAUACAACACGUGAAAGAGCUAAAACGGCAAACAUCAUUGAUAGCAGAAACAAGUCCAAUCCCAACAGACAUCGACGAGCUAACAGUGGACGAUGCCUCAGACGAGAUGAUGAUCAACGGCGCCAAAUUUGUAAUAAAAGCUUCUCUUUGCUGUGAGGACCGUUCAGAUCUCCUCCCUGACCUCAUCAAAACACUGAAAUCCUUGCGCUUAAGAACCCUCAAAGCUGAAAUCACAACCCUUGGUGGGCGCGUGAGAAAUGUGCUGUUUGUCACCGGUGAAGACGACGAGCCAUCAACUGACCAUAAUAACAACAACAACAAUAAUAAUAAUAAUAAUCCCAAUUCAGACACCCAACAACAACAACAACAUAGUAUCAGCUCAAUUCAAGAAGCAUUGAAGGCUGUGAUGGAAAAAACAGGACCGGAUGAUUCUUCGUCAGGAAACAUUAAACGACAAAGAACAAAUAACAUCAAUAUCCUUUAAGGUUUCUUCUUGUUUUUUUUUUUUUUUUUUUUUUUUUU